CGUUUUAGCGAAGGGCUUCGUCGGGAAGUUGCUCCAGUUAUAUAUAUUUUAGAUCAGUGGCGAACUCACUUCAGUGCUAUAUACAGGUCAGGGAGUUCGCGCAGAAAUCUCCCGCUAAAAUUUUAGUAAACAGCGCGAAAGUGUGGAUUUAAAAAAUUCUAUUUUUCUGGGAAAAUUUGAUAAAUCAUGCUGUGUUUACGAAGAAUUAGUACGCAGAGAACAACAGUUUGUUCUAAAACCUUUAUUAAACAACCAUCAAAGAUAAUUUGUGGUGGAUUUUUGCGAAGUGUUUCAAACCAAUCAUUUGCUUUGGCGCAUGAGAACUAUGAAGCCAAUGCAGGGCAGAAUGAGGGCAGUCCGAUUUUGGUCAUUCAUGGUAUGCUGGGGUGGAAAAAAAACUGGCAUACAUUUUGUAAAUCUUACAGUGAACAUACUGGGAAACAGGUAUGUAUGACACUUCUGGUCUGAUAGAGAAAAUUAUACCCAGUUUCAAUAAAGUUAGUUUCAAACUUGAACAGAGCGGCUCUAUUAAAAGUGAGGGGCACACUUAGCGCCUGCCGAAGGCAGGUGACAUUCUGGGGAGGCCCGGAGUCUAGAGUCUCUGAAAUGCCAUUUCCUGCACUUUAGAAAGAGAUUUACAGAGUUCUAAAGAUAACAAAAUUUUUCAGGUAGUCAUAUCCCUCUAUCAAUCUGAGGCUUUCUGACUUUUGAUUUUAAAUUUUUUUUCCAAUUUAGAUGAUUGCUGUCGAUUGUCGUAACCAUGGCGAGAGCAUGAGGAGUGAUUACAUGACCUAUCCAUUGAUGGCUGGCGACAUUGCCGAAACAUUAAAACAAUUAAGAAUUCCUAAAACCAUUUUGAUUGGUCACAGUAUGGGUGGUAAAGUAGCCAUGGAAACGGCAUUGAGCAUGCCUGGUAUUGUCGGGAAGUUAAUAUUGGUCGAUAUAACCCCCAUCCCUGCAUCAACUAAAACGGGAACUGUUAGCAUGGUUCCCAUGGUGUUACCAGCUAUGAUAAAUCUGGAUUUAACUCAAGUUAAAAGCAGAAAAGAUGCUGAUGAAUUGUUGAAGGACUCGAUUCCAGUGAGUAUCACAGUGGAACCCUGUUAAUAUGGCCAAGAAUGGGCCAAAAAAAUUUGGCCAUACUAAUAGGGUGGCCAUAUUAAUGGGGUAUUUUUACAAGAAAAUGUAUUGUCUUGGCAUUAUGGCUGUAAUAAAGAGGUGAUCGUAGUAAUACUACAAUAGGAACAAAUAUCUUUUUUAGAUAAAAUAAUUAUCAUAUUAAUAACUUACUGUGUUGUAGUCGUCAGAGAAGCGCAUUUCACCUUGGGGUUUGUGGGUUCGAUUCUUGCUUCAAACUUAUGUGAAAAGAGUCGGUCAACACUCUGCCGAAGUCGUGGGUUUUCUCCGGGUACUCUGGUUGAAUCCUCCCACAGGGGAAGUUGACAGAGUGGAUUAGGAUCAACACAAUUAAGAAAGUAAUAUCACAAUUGUAGCAAAGAUAAAAUAGUUUAGGCUAAGUACGUAAUUAGAUAGGCGUAAUACUCGAUGUAAAGCGCAUUUUAUCACAUUGACAUGCAAAUUCACGCUAUAGAAAAGUUAAUCGUAAUCAUACUUCUUUGACAUAUAUAUAACAUAAAUAUUUUCUGCGUUUCUCAGUUGGAUGAUCUUCGUGCUUGGGUCCUUACAAAUUUGUUUAAAGAUAAAAAAGGACAAUUUUCGUGGCAUGUAAAUGUUAGCAGUGUUCAGGAGAAUAAAGAAACACUUUUUGACGGGAUCAUGUUAAAUGAUAGGCAGCCAUAUGCAGGAGAAACUCUUUUCAUUGGUGGAGGGGAGUCCGAUGUUCUCAGGUGAGACAUGAUGUCUUCACUUUCAUAAUUUACUCUAUCCAAUACACACGUAAAAACGCACAAGUUGUUACAAAUCUGCAAACAAGUUGUUACAAAUCUGUUCACAAGCUGUCGAGAAGUUGUGUUCGCACUGCUUGUUCCCAGUUGUUGUAACAAGUUUGGAACAAGCUGUUAACUACUUGUAACAAGCUGAUGACAUUAUCAGACUUGUUACAAGGUUGUUCUAACAAGUCUGAUACAGUCAUGAUAAACAGUAAUGUUAUAAAGGUUGACAACACAAGGUUGUAGCAAUAUUGCUAUAUAUACCAUGACUGUAUCAGACUUGUUCAAACAACCUUGUAACAAGCCUGAUAAUAUCAACAAGGUGGUUACAAAUUGUUAACACUUGUGGCAAGCAGUGCGAAGACAACUUGUUGAUGGCUUGUUAACAAACUUGUUACAAGAUGUGAGAUUUUUGCGUGUGUACCAGAUGGACACAGAAAAGCCUGCUUGUUUGGGAAAGUCAAACUUGAAGCACUCUUGUCACAUAUGACUGAGGUGAAAUUAUAAACAGACAACUGCAUAAUUUGUACAAAUAAAUCCCAGUGUCAGACUGGAAGAACCGUCAAAAACAGAAAUUUGUACUUAGCCUGCGAACAGGCUCACUGGGAGAAAGGUGAGCCUGCACGGAACCAUGCGUUUUAUUCAUUCAUCCCCUUUUCGCAUCUGCUAAACGCUAACCAAUCAGCGUCGACUGCGAUAAAUAAACUGUCAACUGUCAAAUUGACGCAAGGCGUGUACAUUGUGCAACAUGAACAAUAAUACAAAACAUUAGCCGUACAAUAUAUUACUCGGAAAGGCAUAGAAUUCAAAUAUUAAAUAGAUAUCAAUACACAUACAAAUAUAAAGCCGAAUAAAAUACUACCAUUGGCUUUGAAUGUACAGUAAUACUUGUACUAUGUGCGACUGAAAGAACAAUGUUCUGAAUAUUUUGAAGCUAUUACUAAAAUACGGUCAGAUAGAUUGGGAUUUGGAAUACCGAAUACGUUUAAAAUUUUACUAACUGUGGUCUAAAUAAAUGAUAAAUGAGCAUGUAUUUAUUAAUUUCUUCGAAAUCACGAGUGUGCCAAUAGUGGAAGCCGUAUCGACGACGAAAUUGUCAGCAGUUAAUAUACAGCAAAUAGUACAACGUUUAAUCACGGUUAAUAGAAUUAGAUUCUAUUAACCGUGGUUUAAUGUACGAUAUAUAUUUAUCUAAAUGACAUGCCAGCGAGGAUCAACAAUAUAAUUAUUCGUACAUAUUUGGGUAUCUUUUGUAUGCCUUCGCUUGCUGACUUGCUCACUAAUGAGAAUAAUCCGUGAAGCCACGACGACCUCAAAAUGUACUAUACUAUAGUGAGUAUAGUCUGAUGUCAAUCCGAAGACGAAGUUCAGAAUACUGUUAUAGUUUCGUAUAUUGGAUUUAAGCGAUAGAUUCAAGUCAUUUAUGAUAGACUUUUUUGCUGUGAUGCUUUGCUAUUGCUUUUGGUCUCCACUUCUAGUUUUAUUUGUUCGAUAGUCCUAUAAUAUAUAAUAUUAAAAUGAAUAAAGUUCAAAUUCUUCAAAAUGCUGUUGUUGACAUUUGCUAUUUUUAGUAAUUUGUCAACGAGUGUAAGCCAAUCAGAAGCCUGCGUUUCUAUACGAACGCCACUACCAAGAAAACCUAUAGUUCCGUGCAGGCCCUCUAUUCUUCGCGCCGCCCGUAACCCAGGGCCUGUUCGCAGGCUAAUUUGUACUUGGCUACUAUGCUUGUUAAAUUACUCCUAACCUAAGCAAGCAAUAUCUUUGUUAUAUUGUGUAUCAUUGUAGAUAUUUAAAUGGCAAUUUAUUUUCAUUUGUGAAGAAACAUUUUGUUCUUUUUAUUCAGAAAUGUCGACAUGAAUGAAAUGAGAAAAAUGUUUCCAAAUGCCCAGCUUGAGAUGAUACCAGGUGCAGGGCACUUUGUGCAUGCUGACAAACCUAAAGAAUUUCUGGAAACUGUCAAGAAUUUUCUCAGAUAAUUUACUGGAAUUUAAUAUUGGCAAAUGGUGAAUAUUUUACUGUAGAUGUAUUAUGCAUAUGGUAAAAGUCAAAUUUCAAACUAUCUCUUUUAAUUGAGCAAAAAGACGACAGAAAUGUAUGGGAUCUCAUGUAUUGUACUGCUAUCCACUGCCUCUAGACAGUACAAAACAAACUGUGAAUAUUAAUAAAAGUCCCAUCAUAAACAAAUUAUUUGAAAAAGACAAGAGGAGGACUGAUUUUCGCAAUCUUGCACAUUUAAAAUGUACAAUACUUCUUCUCAAAUCCUGAUGGAACUUUCAUUCACAAUUUAUUUUGUAUUACAUCUGCAAUGCUAUCAUACAGGACAAUUCAUCUCGAAUAUUUUCCUGACUAAUAAAACAUGACAAUACAAUAUUCUUUAUGUACAUGUACAGUGUUUUUAUGUCUAUUUUCCUAGGACAUGAAACAAUGUUCCCAGAGCAUUUGUGGCUGAACAAGUAGGUAUUGUGGGUUAUCUUUUUAGCACCGUGACUUCUUCUUUUUGCGUUUAUCUUUGUCUUUUUUGAGUUUUAUUCCAGACUGUUCUGUCAUUCUUGUUUGUUCCUUUCGUUUGGCAAGAACGUUCUUUGUUAUAUCUACAAACACCUAGAGUUAAGCAAAAUAUUUUGGGUUUAGGAUCACAAUUUACUAACUAG